UGGGGCGUCGGGGAGUGCGCGAGGCGGCCCGGGUUGUGUGAAGGAGACAAAGCGGUGCUUGCGGUGACUGUGAUACCAACAGCGGUGAAGCCUUAAACGCCAAGUUUCGUGGGGCUGAGUCCUAUCAUCAUAUUCUGCACGGCGCGCGGGCUGCUGGUUUCGCGGCGGCGGCGGCAGCGGCGGCAGCGGCGGCGGCAGCAGCACAUGGUUCCAAGAGCGCGCUGCGGUUGUUGGGUUCCAGUUCUGUGGGGAGGGACAAAGGCGGCUGCGAGCGCUGGGCAACGCCCGGCCGGGUGGUGCGCUCGCCACUGCCCUCGAUCCGGGCCUUGAAAGCUGGGACUAACUCGACUCCGUGAGGAGGACGCCACGGGCCAAGGCCGGGAACGGGCCUGCGAGGCUGUGGCUGCUGGCUGAGGGAGUGGGGGAGGGGCGCGGCGGGCCUGAGGUGAUUUGGGCGGGUCAAUUCAGAGGCGUUGUCGUGGUUCUGUGUGAGGUCAUCUGUCUCUGUACUGGGGCGAGAUUGAGGCCACACAAGCUAGCUGUGGUCUGUGCUUUAAAAACAAAUCGGCCUUCAACACGCAGAGGAGCUCUUUCAGCUGGGAGUGGUGAAACCAGAACUGAGGCUGGAUGUGCUCCACCGACUUAGUGGUCGCCAGUCGGGGGCCAAUUUAAGGAUCCUGGGAUCAUUGGUGGUUGAAGACAUGGGUGAUUUUACCGUUUUAUGACAGAAGUUGGUCCAGUUCCGGUUGGUAAGUUUCCGGAUUGGUAAAUUACCUGAAGGAAACAGACAAAACGCUGGAAGAUCGAGAAGAUGGAGCCGCAAUAAAACUGCCCACUCCAGUACGGUCGACGCUAGGACCAUCCACCUUUAACUCAUUGAACUUCCGAAAACUUAACACAAAAGCUCUUAAGAUUAGCCCCGCGAGACUACAGGUUUAUGACGUAGUACUACAUCAUAGCCAUUCAGAAGAUUUAAAAAAUAAAGGGGAAGUCUGUAGUUUCUGCCACCUAUUUUGGGUAGAUACUAGGUGACAUUAUCGAACUGUAAAGAGUACAGACAUACUAAUUUUCGCUGGAAGAAAUCCUGGAAAACCUAUUCCAUUGAAAGUUGUAUUUCCCAACUAGUGGGUAAAGGACUGGAGAACUCACUGCACUCAUGGCUUUCACAAAUUACAGCAGUUUGAAUCGAGCUCAGCUAACCUUUGAAUAUCUGCAUACAAAUUCAACUACUCAUGAAUUCUUGUUUGGUGCUCUUGCUGAACUGGUUGAUAAUGCAAGAGAUGCUGAUGCCACAAGAAUAGAUAUUUAUGCAGAAAGACGAGAUGACCUUCGAGGAGGGUUUAUGCUUUGCUUUUUGGAUGAUGGAGCAGGAAUGGAUCCAAGUGAUGCUGCCAGUGUGAUCCAGUUUGGGAAGUCAGCCAAACGGACACCUGAGUCCACUCAGAUUGGGCAGUAUGGGAAUGGGCUAAAAUCGGGCUCAAUGCGCAUUGGGAAGGAUUUCAUCCUCUUCACCAAGAAGGACGACACCAUGACCUGUCUCUUUCUGUCGCGUACCUUUCAUGAGGAGGAAGGCAUUGAUGAAGUGAUAGUACCAUUGCCCACCUGGCAUGCUCGGACCCGGGAUCCUGUCACAGACAAUGUGGAUAAGUUUGCUAUUGAGACAGAACUCAUUUAUAAAUAUUCUCCCUUUCGCAAUGAGGAAGAAGUGAUGACCCAGUUCAUGAAGAUUCCUGGGGACAGUGGAACACUGGUGAUCAUUUUCAAUCUCAAACUCAUGGAUAAUGGAGAACCAGAGUUAGACAUACUCUCAAAUCCACGAGAUAUCCAAAUGGCAGAGACUUCUCCAGAGGGCACGAAGCCAGAGCGACGUUCGUUCCGUGCCUAUGCUGCUGUGCUCUAUAUCGAUCCCCGAAUGAGGAUCUUCAUCCAUGGGCACAAAGUGCAAACCAAGAGGCUCUCCUGCUGCCUGUACAAGCCCAGGAUGUAUAAGUACACAUCAAGCCGCUUCAAGACCCGUGCAGAGCAGGAGGUGAAGAAAGCUGAGCACGUAGCCCGGAUUGCUGAAGAAAAGGCACGAGAAGCGGAGAGCAAAGCUCGGACAUUAGAACUACGCCUAGGUGGAGACCUCACACGGGACUCGAGGGUGAUGUUACGACAGGUUCAAAACACAGCCAUUACCCUGCGCAGAGAAGCUGAUGUUAAGAAGCGUAUCAAAGAGGCCAAGCAGCGAGCACUUAAAGAACCUAAAGAACUGAAUUUUGUUUUUGGGGUUAAUAUCGAACACCGGGACCUGGAUGGCAUGUUUAUCUACAAUUGUAGCCGGUUGAUCAAAAUGUAUGAGAAAGUGGGCCCACAGCUGGAAGGGGGCAUGGCAUGUGGCGGGGUUGUUGGGGUUGUUGAUGUACCGUAUCUGGUGUUGGAGCCUACCCACAACAAGCAGGACUUUGCUGAUGCUAAGGAGUACAGGCAUCUACUCCGGGCGAUGGGAGAACACUUGGCACAGUACUGGAAAGACAUUGCCAUUGCUCAGCGGGGAAUCAUCAAGUUUUGGGAUGAGUUUGGUUACCUUUCUGCCAAUUGGAACCAGCCACCAUCCAGUGAGCUUCGCUACAAACGCAGGAGAGCUAUGGAAAUCCCAACCACCAUCCAAUGUGAUUUGUGUCUGAAGUGGCGUACCCUCCCCUUCCAGCUGAGUAGUGUGGAAAAAGAUUAUCCUGACACCUGGGUUUGCUCCAUGAACCCUGAUCCUGAGCAGGACCGGUGUGAGGCUUCUGAACAGAAGCAGAAGGUUCCCCUGGGGACAUUCAAAAAGGACCUGAAGACACAGGAAGAGAAGCAGAAGCAGCUGACAGAGAAAAUUCGCCAGCAGCAGGAAAAGCUGGAGGCCCUUCAGAAAACCACACCCAUCCGCUCCCAAGCUGACCUGAAGAAAUUACCUUUGGAAGUGACCACCAGACCUUCCACAGAGGAACCAGCACGUAGACCUCAGCGACCUCGGUCACCUCCAUUACCUGCUGUGAUCAAGAAUGCCCCAAGCAGACCCCCUUCUCUGCACACUCCUAGGCCAACCAACCAACCCCGAAAAGCUCCUGCUAUCAGCAGUACCCCUAAGCCCCCUGUCCUGGCAUCCCGGGAAGAGGCCAGUACUUCCAGGCUGCUCCAGCCACCUGAGAUACCCCGUAAGCCUGCUAAUACAGCAGUUAAGACACCACCUCGGCCUGCCUCUGUGGUGCAACCUCUGUCACCAUCUCCACUACCCAAUUCCAAAAGUCCUCGGGAGGUCCCUGCCCCCAGAGCCAUCAAGACUCCAGUGGUCAAGAAGACAGAGCCACCCAGUAAACCACCUCUGGUUACUCCUGGUCGUAAGCGAACUCUUGGGGUCUCUGAUGAGGAAGAAGCUGAGGAAGAGGGUGAGAGGAGGAAGGAAAGAUCCAAGCGGGGCAAGUUUACUGUGAAGGAGGAAAAGAAGGACUCAAAUGAGCUCUCGGACAGUGCUGGGGAAGAAGACCCAGCUGACCUCAAGAGGGCUCAGAAAGAUAAAGGACUGCAUGUGGAGGUGCGUGUGAACAGGGAGUGGUACACCGGUCGUGUCACAGCUGUGGAGGUGGGCAAGCAUGUGGUGAGGUGGAAGGUGAAGUUUGACUACGUGCCCACAGACACAACACCAAGAGACCGCUGGGUGGAGAAAGGCAGCGAGGAUGUACGGCUGAUGAAACCCCCUUCUCCGGAGCACCAGACCCCUGACACACAGCAGGAGGGUGGUGGGGAGGAGGCAGUGGUGGCCCAGCAGGCUGUGGCCAUGGCAGAGCCCUCCACUUCUGACUGCAUUCGCAUCGAGCCUGACACCACUGCCCCGAGCACCAACCAUGAGACCAUUGACCUGCUCGUCCAGAUCCUCCGGAAUUGUUUACGUUAUUUCCUGCCUCCAAGUUUCCCCAUCUCCAAAAAGGAGCUGAGCGCUAUGAAUUCAGAUGAGCUAAUAUCAUUUCCUCUGAAAGAGUACUUUAAGCAGUAUGAAGUGGGGCUCCAGAAUCUGUGCCAUUCCUACCAGAGCCGUGCCGACUCACGAGCCAAGGCCUCUGAGGAAAGCCUGCGCACCUCUGAGAGAAAGCUCCGUGAGACAGAGGAGAAGCUGCAGAAGCUGAGGACCAACAUCGUGGCGCUCCUGCAAAAGGUGCAGGAGGAAUCUGUGGUUCCAACUCUGGCUGCACAGCAUCCUGACCAGGAGGGCUGGAGGUGGUGCGGCUGCCUGGGCCUCAUCCCAGCCAGACCCACGGACAUUGACAUCAACACAGAUGACGAGCUGGAUGCCUACAUUGAGGACCUGAUCACCAAGGGGGACUAAUGGGGACUGCAGCCAGAGAUCAGCUCCCUUACCCCUAAAGGCAGAGCCCCUGGGGAGGUGGUGGUAUUUCAUUCAUGGGAUGAUAGCCUUGUCUUGGUUUGACUCAUUUGGAACAUUUGUGCAUUUGGAGGGAAAGAUAAUCUGAUUCUUUGAAUCUUCUUCCCUAAGUUUAUAAAUAUUUAUUUUUUAAAAGAAACAAGAUGCUGUGCCUGCUGUGAGACCAUAAUUUUUUUUUUUUUUUUUUUUUUUUUUGUGAUUUUUGGGCAAAGGCAAAGGACAGAGAACCAGUAUGCCUACCAAACCUGAGCUGCUUUUCUUGGCUCCUGGCCUCGUAGGAUGUGGCAAAUCCAGCACCAUCCAGAGGUUGGAGAGGUUUUGGGGUAGGGCUAGUAUCUCUCCUAGAGAACGAACAAGUUGGAAUCUGAGAGAUGUGAGUGGGAGAAAAGCCCCCAAAGUGGUGUUCCCCCAAGGGGUGCUUUGAUCCAGGGUCCCCCUGUGAUAUGUGAUCUGGAAGAGGCUCAGCAUUUAGUGGCUUAGCUCACAUCUCAGGUUAGGGGUUUGAGUGGUGGCCCAAGCAGCUGUCAGUCAUCUUGUUUGUAGUGUCCGAACACUUGGGGAAAGUAAGUUCCUACAGCUCGUCUGUCCAUUAUCCAAGUUCUCCCUGUAGGAGUGAUUUUCCAUUAACUGUGGACAAUAAGGUCUUCAGCCUCAAAUUAUUUGAAUCCAGGUUGAGAAGUAGAGACUCUGCUAUGAUUGCUGACCUGGGUAGCACACCAAAUGUCUGAACACAGUAGGACCAUGUUUUUCAGGGUCCCUGGUGCUGAUCUGGUGAGGUCUCUGAAUGUGGUAGGGUCCUGAGGAGGCACAGCUGCCACAUACAGUGCCAGCUGGUGUGCAAUUUGCUGCUGCUUUUUUACUAUUUCCCCUCCUCUUGGUCCCACUGUGUCCGGUCAGUGUUCCUGCUCUGGGGUAGACAGGGAGGAGGUCACUGCGCCACAGAUAUGAGAGGUUGGGCUGUAGGGAUUCUAGAGGCAGCCCCGCAGGAAGCACACUAUGCCCUCCCUCCCUGUCCAUGCAAACUCAUGGUUGUGUUCCUCCAGCAAGUUCUCAGGGUUAACGACAAAGGCAAGAGUUGCUGAGUUUUCUUUUUAAUGGCAAUUGGAAAAUUUCUGGUUUGAUUUCUCUUCUCUCCACUCUUUAUUUGGGGACAUUGGAUUUCUGAAGGCACAAGAACUAAGGUACUCUAUUAUUGGUCUGUGAUUCUGGCACCCACCUACCCCACAUCGGCAUGGCUCACAUGCCACUCCAUUUUGCCUCAGAGACUGGCAUGCUGAUGGAGGACAUCAGGCCACACUGGAAUUGAAAGUUCUUACCCACUGUGCACAUGCACAGCACCUGUUGACUUUUGGGUUUCCCUGAACCACAAUCCUCUUCCUUAGAGGUCUUGGGGUUUCUUGAAUUGGUGAUUGAUUUCCCUCUUAUCUAGCUCUCCACACCAGGCCACAUAUGGUCCAUUUUUUGGUCCCCUAAAGUACUGUUUUAAUCUAAAAGGAAGUUGGUUUUGCAUUUUUACCAGAGGGUAAUACUCAAGUUUUUUAUUUACAAAUAUGUAAUCAAGAUGCAAUACUAUAAACUU